UGGAAGUAACUACAAUUGUAGUACAAGUUCUAGUAAUGUUGGCGCUGCAGCUCCUACCAGCAGUGCGCCGAGGGGAGGAAGGGAUACCUCCUUCACCGCUAGUUCUGCGCUGCCCAUAUCAAUGCGUUCAGGAGCUGGCGAAAAUGUCGCGCCUCCGCAGGUUUCAGGUGGAAACUUAUCUGGUAGAGGAAAUUUUGCUGCUUUUGGUGAUGCACCACGACCACGACAUGAAGGUGGAGUGAUCAAGAACGCAUCUUCUUUUGGAGGUACAGUGGAAAAUACGACUGAAGCUGGAGUGAUCAAGAACGCAUCUUCUUCUGGAGGAGGAGGUACAGUGGAAAAUACAACUGAAGGUGGAGUGAUCAAGAACGCAUCUUCUUCUGGAGGAGGAAGUACAGUGGAAAAUACAACUAGUAAAAGGAUGUUAACGACGAGUGCAGGAGAUGAAGAUCAUGAUACAAGUACAAGUACAUCAACAACCCGAAGUAGAUUACAUCAACAAUCCGAAGUAGAGGCGUCAGCGUCACCUAAGGGGGUUCCGGCGUACACAAGCUCAGCAGUGAUCAGCAGCGAACAUGGUGUUCAGAGAUCAUUCUCGACAGGAGACGCAAGAUCUCACGUAAGUCUUCAAGAUGGUUGCUAUACCCAGAAGCAGAGUCAGGAAGGGCAUAAUAGCGAUUUGUUCGGCAGCUACAAAAAUAAUACCACUUCUACAACAUUACCUCCGCCUCCUCCGUACGCCACCACUUCUUUACCAAUUAAAGAUACUACGUCAACAUCAAACUACAAGAACAACUACGAUAAGGGUCCUCACAAUAGGACCAGCGCGAAUUCUUCCUCCACAGUGGCGAGCUCUGCGUCGGCGUCCGUAUUACCUUUUUCCGCUACACCAUCUACAGCACCUCCCGCCGCAUUACCGCCUUAUUCUGGUGCUGCUGCAGGAGGGCUGCCAUCGACAUCAUCUACUUCAGGAUACUCGUCCUCAAUGGGAGGCGGCGCAAUUGCGUUUCACCGCGGGGGAAUGAUAGGAGGAGGUGCAAUUGUUGCUGCGGGACGCGACCGCACGGUAAGCACGGACACUCUGCUGCAUGAGGCGUUGUACACACCCCGUUUUCGUCGUGAGGAACCAUUGUGGAGAUGA